AAGCGCAAGCAUAUACUGAUCUAUAUACGCAAUACACGAAUCAACACGAAUGCCAACGAUUACUUACCGUUGGGAUUGACGUCUUCUGGCAUCUUCCGUCUGCUUAUGGUUUGCUAAGUAACGGAAUCCAAUAAUAUCCAUCAGAAUAAUAAAAACGGCACAUCUUCCCUCCCGAGACGAAAUAAAUAGCAAACACAUAGAAAAAAACUGGUGCUGUACAUUGACUCAGAAUCGGAAGAUCUGCUUCCAAUUCUGCAGACAGGAUGGAAGGAGGAAAUAAAGAAGAUAAGUCAAAGCAACAUAUAGGACAUCAUGGACAUCAUGGACAGAAUCCAGCACUCAGACGACCAUAUCAUUCAUCCUCAUUUGGUUAUACAACAAAUACGGAACAUAAUCAGGAAGAAAAGAAAUUUAUGUUGUCACCACAAGCAGCUGAAUUUGUUCCAAGAGUUAAAAAUCCUUUUUUAUCAACUGAUGGAGGAUAUUCUGCUCGUUCAUCAAAGAUUUCUGUGCAAAACAGACUUCAAAUGGCACGUGAAGGAGCACAAAACAUGCUUCAAAGUAAACAACCUGUAAUUACAAUGUUGUGUGGUGUGUCAGAAAAUAAUAUUCUGGAACAGUCUUUCCAGCAGCAAUGCGCUAUGGGAGACUCAGAGACAAGAAGUCAGAAUGGAUAUAAAAAUAACAAAGAUAAUUUGAAAGACAGUAAGGAGAAGAUCGAGAUAGAAGAACCGAUGGAUGUAGGUUUAGAAAUUUACAAUCACCUCAAUGUUAUUAUCAAUACUUUAACUACAAAUCCAGCCGAAUUCACUGAUUUAGUUCCGUCAUUUGUAAAUUAUAUUAGGAAACUUGGGAACAUGAGUUGUCUACAUAUGAUUCUAAAAACUAUAAUCGAGGGGUCGAUAAUCGAAAGUAAUUUUCGAUAUAGUGGAGCCCGGUUUUGUAAACAUUUUGCCAGUACAGCAAAUGAGUUUUUAGAUCAAUGCAUGUUUUCAAAGUCUUUAUUCCAGGAUCUCUUAUAUACGCAGUGUAAAUUGGAGACUCUGUUGUACGAGCCGGAUUGCGAAAAUCAUCAUAUGGAGGAAUACAAUCAAAGAAGGUGCAAUGGGCUGAUAUUGUUUCUAGCAGAGUUGGUCGCCCAGAUGGAUGAACCUUACGCCUUUCUCUUAGGAGAACUAUUAGUGCAGUUUAUCAGUAAGAUCUUAAAGAAACCAGGCGUGAAUUCUGUUAAAUAUAUAUGCCAAGCACUCAAAUUGGCAGGUUACGUAUUGGAAAAGGACAAGAGCAGAAGUAAAGAUAUGGAAAACAUGAUGCGAGCGUUAACAGAAUUGGUAAAUAACGGACAAGUCGACAAGCAUGUAGGUAAUAUGGUGAGCAACGUUCACGAAUUACGUAAAGACUGGGGAAAGAACGUGUCUUACGAUUCGUCUGGAAAAAACAACUUGAAGGUGUUAAGCGAGAUGCAGCAACAGCCGGGCCAAACAGAUGCGCCCAAUUAUACACCCGAAACAAACAAUCCUGUUGCGCCGAAUAAUGAGAACCAAGUGGAUCAGGCAGUAUUUUACGGUCCCGAUGGUUUGGUUUUAUCUGUGGAUGAAGAACGAUUCCUACGUGAGACGCAGACCGAUUUAGCGACGUCUGAUGAAGAGGACGUGGAUGAGCACUAUAACGAAGAAAUGGCGAUUGCUUACGAGGAACACUUCUUGAAGGACCUUCCGAAGGAACAUCAAAAUAAAAAUUAAAAACUUAACCAAAGAAAAAAUGUUGCUUUUUUGCUUUAAUGAGAUUAUAUAUUAUGGC